AACCAAACCCUGAUGAAGUAACGACCCCUAACUCUCAAAUCAUUCCCUGGAAGCUCAUUGAAUCACGGAGAGAUCCGUCAGUGGAAGAUCAUACAGGAGAAGAUCUUUCAAGAGCUGAUCCAGCAAAAGAUAAUGAUCUUCCAGCAAAAGAUCAUAAUGAAACAGAUCCUGAAGACCCCGAUCAACCUUUGGAAGAAGAUCCUACUUACGCUGAUGACCCUACAGCAGAAGAUCCUGCAAAUGCUGAAGAUCCAGUCGUAGAAGAUCCUGAAAAUGCUGAAGAUCCUUCCGACCAAACUGCAGUUGAAAAAAACCUUGAAAAUGAUCUAAGAUCUGCAGAGAUUGGGGCAGCUGCUAUUGUCAUCACAGAGGCAGACGAGGAGAACAUUGAUCCGGAGAAGAACCACAAUCUUAACUUUGCCACUGUUCACAGAAAACUCAGGAAUGCUCCCCGAGUUCAAACUUCUCAGAAUGCGGCUCAGAAGAAAAUGAAAAAUGUUAAGGAUAUACACCGAGAGCAGACAUCCUCAAAAUCCACCUAUAAACCUAACCCGGAGAAGCAGUACCCGGAAAGAAAGAACGGAAAAGAUCUAUAUCAGGCUGGAGAAGGAGAAGAGGAAUUAAGAGCAGCAUCACUGACGCAGACUGAAGAUAACCCUGUUCACUUUAUUCAUUCAACUCCGAGAGAGCAGGUUUAUACGUUUAAAGGGAUUAUAGACGUUAUUUCAAGUGACCCUCAUGACCUUCAUUGA